AUGCAUCUCCUCCCCCUGGCAAUGUCAUCCCCACUGGUCUUCGAUGCCGUCGCCGCAGCUGCAUACCGUCGCCUCGUAUACUACGGCAAUCCAAAAUUCGCCGCAAGGGCUGAGCACUACAAGUCCUCGGUCAUCAGGGGUCUCAUAACUAGCGCCCGCAAAUUCGUGCAGUACAUUGUGUUGAGCAGAGCCGUUCCACCAGCUGCACGAUGGCAUGGACAGCUUCAAGGUGCGUGCUUUGCCUGUGGCAUUGCCGACACAGCCCCCAACCCCAACCACGCUGUCAACGGCCAUGGCACUACCAAGCCCCAUUGUCGCAAAGUCGAUGUAACAAUCAUUGGAGGCGUCUUUGCGGGCUACUAUCUUCUACACAAGCUCCGAAAACAAAACCUCAGCGCUGUCAUUAUAGAAGCUGCCUCGGGUCUCGGAGGUGUCUGGCGGUGGAACUGUUACCCAGGUGCCAGGGUCUAUACACCAGUUCCUCUAUACGAGUAUUCAAUGGAGGAGGUAUGGAGGACAUGGAACUGGACUGAGAGGCUCCCGACUGCUCCUGAGCUUCAGAAGGUCCCCGGCCUCUCAAUCGCAAUCAUCAACCAAGAUGAUGUAAAAUCCACUGCCUAUGGAUUGGCUUCAAUCGAAGACGAAGUGCCGUGCACGGCAGAUACCCUUUUCGACAUCGCAUCCUCUUCCAAGUCGCUGACUGCUGCUGCCAUCGCCUUGUUGGCUGACGAUGACAACUUUCCCGAACUGCAAUAUGACUCGAUCAUGUCCGAGUUGCUACAAGAUGACUUUGUCCUGCCCGAUGAUUCAUACACAAGAUGCGUUACGUUGGAUGACCUUCUCGGUCAUCGAACAGGUAUGGCUGGCCACGAUGAUUCCUAUAUGGGAGUUCGCGCUGCUCAGCCUGAUGAUGCCCGGUCUAUCACAAGGAACCUGCGGAACCUGGCUCAUGCUGCGCCUCCACGAUCGAGAUAUAUCUACUGCAACAUGAUGUACACGGUGUUGACGCACCUCAUAGAAGUCAAGACAGGGCAAAACUUCAGCGAUUUCUUACAGCAACGCAUCUUUGAUCCUCUCGACAUGAACUCAAGCAGUCUCCAGCCAGAUGGUGCCAGAACUAAGGGUCAUGGUGAUCGUCUUGCGAAAGGACAUAUUUGGGAUAAACAGGCAUCUUCGUAUCGUGAGAUCAAAGCUGAGAACUCACCGGAAGGCCAAGGAGCAGGCUCAAUCGUCUCGAGUGCCACUGAUUUCAUCAAAUUCAUCAAGGCUUUGAUCAACCACGAAGGUCCAAUCAACAACGAUGUAUACCAAGGCCUUACUCAAUCACGAUCAGAGCGAGACCCCAAUCACCGUCAGAGAAAGGCGAAUAUCUCUCGUCUCUUUUACACUUCCGGUAUGGAGUAUUACUUGCUUCAGGGACACGCUGUCUUUGGGCAUAGCGGCGACAUCGCAGGUUUUGGUAGUCGUUUCAUCUUUGUCCCGGACUUCAAGUUUGGAGCUGUGAUCUUGGGCAAUUCCUCGGGGACGAACUCUGUCGCUGCUCAGCUAUUUCGGGGGUUUACUAAUGAAGCUAUGGGCGAUCAGCAAUUGGAGGGGCAGAUACCCAAGAAAAGACGCGAUAUGAAAAAUGAGCAUAAACAGGCUCAUCCCGGCAUUCAACCUAUAAAUGGAACCCAAGGCCACCCGAACGGAAAGGCAGAGAACAAUAAGAGAUCUAAGGAUGAAAUAAAAAUAGAUGAAGUGCAUCAAAAGGCUCACAAAGCUGCCCAAGAACAAGAUGCACCUCUGACCGCGCACACGGGCGACUACUGGAGUCCUGGAUAUUACAAUUUGAGGGUUGAGAUCAAGGAUAACAGGCUCUUCAUCGACGCGACUGAUCGAUCAUUGGGUUUCACUGCCACACUUGAACGCCAGCGCGAUCAGACGAUGUAUAAUGCACUUGUGCGUGACUACUAUGCAGUUGGAGAUGAAGUUCUCACGACCAAGUUUGUAUUUGAGAAUGGCAGGGUAGUCAAAAUGGGCAUAGACCUGGAGCCACUUGUCAAUGAUCUGAUCUGGUUCGACAAAGUGGAAACACCAUAUGAGACCGAAAAUUAA